AUGAUCGCCAACCCCAACUCAAACCUGCCAAAGCGUCUGCAGUGGUACAUAGUGCUAGCAGCGCUGACAUGCGUCAGUGCUAGUCCAAGUACUGUCGAGCCAAAGACCAUUUUUGCUGGUUCUGCUUCUCUUAAGCAACAACUUGGUGUCGUCGGCCAAAGCGAUGCGCGAGUGAAGCGGUAUUUGAGAAGAAACUCGGAUGCGACGGAGAGCAUGGACGAUGAGAACGAAGACAGAGCCAUAGACCAAGGUUUAGCAGCAAAGGUUGGCGAAGCUGGCAAGUCUGAUGUCAUUUUUGGAGUAUCCGGCAAGAACCUCUAUUCAACAGCAAAGGAGACGGUUGGCUCAAGUAUCCAAGACGACAUAAAUCAAGAAUUCAAGCGCGUUAUGGGUGACAAUCUCGAACUCUACGAAAAGGAAAAAUGA